UGAGGAUGCUGAAAAAUAGAUGUAUGGGCCCGUCCUUACUAUGACGUUACGAUGAACCUAUUGUUUUUGUUUGAUUUUGAUAGGUUAGGUUAUAUUUUGAUAUUUAUUAUCACGAAAUUGUAAGCUUUGUAGUAAACUUAUCAAAAAUUAAUAUAACAUGAGUUUCCUUACGGACAUCUAUAAUAAGAGCAUUCAAGAAAAUGAACGAAAUUUGCGUUUUUGGGAAGAUUACCUACAGGAAUUAAAGUCAAUGGAUUUCGGUGCAUAUUCUGACAAAUUAAGAGUGCCUGUGCUGGUUCCCAUUGGCAGUCGGAUAUGUUUUAGAGGUGAUAUUAAACACACAAACGAAGUGACUGUUUCACUGGGCGCCGACUACUUCGCCAAGUGUUCUAUAAAGCAAGCUGAAGUGUUGAGACAACAUAGAAUAAAAAAUGCUCAAAAUAAAGUUGAUUUAUACCUUAAAGAAAAAGAUUAUUUGGAAAAUCAAGUUUCUUUGAGUAAGCAAAGUUUGUUUGAACAAGAAGGACAGGAGAUUGUUGAAGUUUAUACAGAAGAAGAAGAUGAAGCUUGGAGGAAAAAACACAAAGAAAAUAUGAGAAAGUACAAACAAGCAAGCAAGAAUGAUGAGCAAAAAGAUGUAACAGAUGAAGAGCUUUGGCAAAGACUUGAAGAACUUGAACUUCAAGAAGAAUUAGAGAAUGAGUUGCAAGAGAUGAAUAACAAUGAAGAUUUAGAUAGUAGUGGUAGUAAUGAAUCCUUUAUUAUCAAAGAAGAUGAAGAAAUUAUAGCUAAACAAACAGAAAGAGACAAUAAACUACUAUCUUCAAUAGACAACAAAUCAAGUGAUCUAAUAAAUAGAACUAUAGAGCGAAAUCGGGAAUUAUCUAUUGGGGCUCCAUCUCAAACAUCAAAAUUAGAUUUAUUACAACAGGUAAUAGAUAGGCAAAAUGAAUUGGAGAAUAGAUUACUUGAGUUGAAAAACAGAGAGAGGAGUCAAACUAAAACAGAAAGAGACUUAUUUUCUAGACUAGAUGAAAUUGAUCAGCUUGGGGACAUUGAAGAUGAAAUGGACAGGCUAGAUGAUGUACUUGAAAAUGAAGAUAUGCAGGAAUUAGAGGACCAAAAGACUUUUCAGGCCACCACAGUGAAGCGACAAGUUACAUUUGCAGAUGAUGAUGACAGUGAAACAUUGGAGCUGACAUUUAAACACUCCGAUGUACAACCAGAUAAAUCUCAUUAUGAUCCAGCCAAGGGCAUACAAAAGCCCAGUGAUAUAUUUGAAGCUUUUCCUAAUUCUUUUAGUGGUUCAACAUCUAUUUUGAAAAAGUCCAAAUAUGAAAUUAAUGAAAGUUUAGAGACAAAGAUAGCUAAGCCAGUUUCAAAUAAAAAAAAUACUAUGCAAGAAAGCCAAAAACAAAACAUAGAACCAGAAGAGUUAGAAAAUCAAGAUCCCAAUGAGACUAUUGUUAUUAAAGAUGUCAUAGAGAGAUUAGGUCAAACUGGAAACAAAUUGGAAAAUGAAGCUAGACCCACUAGUCUCUUUAAGAAAAAAAGAAUGCAAAAGAAAUGAUUUUAAUAAAUAACUUCAAUAUAU